AUGGCAGAUAUAGGGGAUAAGCAACUCCAGAUAUUUUGCUCCCCUGGUGGGAUAGAAAAUGCGCUUGCGCGUGAAUUUCACCAACAAGGCCUUCGUGUGUUUGCGACAGCGCGAGAUACGGGAGCACUGCAGAGUCUAACAGACUUCGGGAUUGAAACACUGAGUCUCGUUGUAGAUGACGAAGGGAGUGUCCAGUCAUGCUAUGCAGAGGUUCUAGAAAGGCUUGGAGAGAAAGGACUGGAUUAUCUAGUUAACAACGUGUCAGCUCGUGCAACCUUUGAAACGAAUUUAUUUGCGGCCAUCAACAUGUGCCAAACAUUCCUCCCGCUACUUAAGAAGGCCCAGGGUACUAUCGUACAGAUUGGCUCUGUCGCAGGGGUCAUCCCAUAUGUGUUUGGAUCAGUGUACACUGCCUCAAAGGCCGCGCUGCAUUCGUUCAGUGAUACUCUUAGAGGGGAAUUAGCUCCCUUCGGUGUAAACGUGACGACCAUUGUCACUGGAGCGCCGAAUUCACUUUAUGCUCCCAUUGAAGAUGAGUAUAAUCGUCGCGUGAUGCACAGCCAGGAUGGUGCAAUUCCACACACUGCAUAUGCAAGUAGUGUUGUCACACAGAUCCUGUAUGGAACAGCACCGUGGCGCUGGUUGUGGCCAUGGGCUCAAGGCCGUAAGAGCUGGAUAUGGGAGGGCAACAAGAGCUGGUUGGUUUGA